GCUGAAGCAUGUUGAUAUUGUCAUCUCUUUAAUCGGCCACGAAGGCAUCACCCAACAACACCAUCUCGUAACCGCAAUCUCAAAAGCAAAUGUUCAGCUCUUCGUCCCCUCGAAACUAGCGGCAAACUAGGACGAGCAGGGGCUGCGUAUUCCGCUGAACAGUGCUAAGGAGGUUGCUGCUGCUGCGCGCGAGGCUGGGAUUCCGGUGACGACGGUACUGUUGGGGAAUUUUGCGGAGUUUGCACUUGGGACUUUGGCGAUGGGAGUCGACUAUCAGAACAACCGCAUGAUUUUCACGGGGGAUAGUGCGAACCAGCCUGUUAAUCUCUACACCCGCCCCUACGUCGCUGCCGCCUACGCCUCCAUCUUCGCAACCACCCCAAUCCCAAGUCUCCAAAACCGCACCCUAACCCUAUCCGAACUAUCUCCCACAGGCGCCCAAAUCGCCGCCGCGCUAGCGCAGAAACAAUCCUCUCGAACAAAAACCACAACCGAAACACUCGCUUCUGUCAACCAGAAGAUCGAAACGGGUCUUCAAAACGGUAUGCCUGCUGUUUUGGCGUACUACUGUCGGAAGAUUUGGGGGACGGGAGAGCAGGGGGGUAUGCUUGGAGGAGAUGUUUGGGAUGUGGAGGGGUAUGAUAAGGUAGGUGUUGAGGAGUUGGUUGGUGGGGGGUUGUUGGGGGGGUAUAGGGAGAUAUCGCCAGCUGUGAAGGAGUUGUUCGGGCCGCAGUUUGAGGAGUGUCAGUAG